AACGGUCUCUAACAGAUUCAUGUGCGCUUACUAUCAUGACGGUCAAGUACCUGGCGCACGAGUACAUCCUUCGGCAGGGCACAAAGUAUCACGCCGUGAAGCGCUUGCUACACUCAUUGGAGGUCGCGCGAAACAAUCUUCUUCAAUGCUCAGCGUCGUACCCGAUUCUCUGCCUAGCGAAUGUCUCGCCGCAGAGCGUGUCCUGAGUACUUUUACAGGAAGAGUCAUCACAGGUCCCACGAAGCCUGCAGUAACAAAAGAAAUACCCCUGUCGCUCCUUCAAGAAGCACAGGGUCUCAUCCUGUUUUCUGCAAUCAGAACAGGGCUUUCGCUUGUGUCGCCCAUGGUGGGUCAUGGUGUCCUUGUGGCGCGAUUGCCUGGUAGUCGUUGGUCAUGUCCUGCUUCCCUCAACAUUCAAACUGUGGGUGGCCUUGGCCUGGGUGUGGACACAAUUGACUGUGUUCUCAUCCUGCGAACACGUCAAGCAGUAGACUUGUUUGCUCCAGGGAAAUGUAUCCUGGGAGAUCAACUACCCGUCAAGCAAGGUCCUGAAGGUGCGCAUGCAGUGGUGCCAUACUCCCCUGAGCGAGUUCCUAUCUUGGGAUAUGCCAAAUCACGGGGCCUAUUCUUGGGUAAAGCAAACUUGUUCAAGGGACUACAACUUCGUCACCGAGAAGCAGAAGAUUCAAAAUUUUAUGGUUGCUAUGCGCCAUGCUCUGAAUUGAUUACUGGUCACGUCCAGAGUCAGGCUGUAUCGUUGGCGAGCUUUAUGGGACUUGUGGAUGCAGUGACUCGACGACAAGGUCCACCUGGGGGUAUGCAUACGCUUCAUGCUGCAAAUGUACCACCGAGUCAGCCUAUGCGAUCUUCUUACACAAAUCCAGCUUUGCCCAGCAGGUCAUAUUCAGGUAUGGCCAACACGGAUUCAUUAUUUUUUCGGGAUGCUGCUGUCUCUGGGAGACCUGCUCAUCCGUCUCCCGUGACUAGACCUAUGCCUGUGUCUGCGUACCCGGAGUAUGGGAGUCAGAUGGACAAGCUUCUUGAGAUGGGGUUCCGGGACAGGUCUUUGAAUGUUGAAUUGCUGGCUGUGUAUGGUGGCGAUGUUGGGCGUGUUGCUGAGGUGUUGAGGAAGGAGGAGCAGUGUCAUCGAGGACAUGCUGGUGCUGGUGCUGUGUGGAAGUAGAGAGUGU